AUGGUUUUCUGUAGGGGCUCGAGUCAGGUGCCUCGGAGAAGGUUACCGGUUUUGGUGGAAUGCCGGUACCCCAAAAAGCGUAGUGGUCGGGCUUCGGUGUUGCAUCACAAGGCCUUUCUUCGAAUCCAGGAGGAGCAUGAUGUCGAGGUUCGGAGCCUCACUGAGAAGAGUGACUCGUACAAGCUCCUUAGUGAAAAACUUCGAGCAGAUUUGACAGCGGCUCGGGAAGAGCAUGAGGAGAUGGUUGAGCAGGUAGAUGCGCUACUGGACGAGGCAGAAGAAUUUAAAAAGUAUAUGGAUAUCCUUGCCUCGAAAAAGGAAGUUGUUCAAGCUCAGUUGGAGUUGUCUGAUGCCCAGCUUCGAUCUGCGAAAGAAAAUGCUUUGGGGCUGAUAGAAAAGAUUAAAGAGCUUCAGCAUCGGUUGAAUUUGGCCACUUUAGAUAAAGCAGAUUUGGCUAAAGAACUUGAAGGGGCCAGAUCUGAGGUGAUCGAGGCCAAUAAAAGAGCUGAUGCCAAAGUGGCUCAGUUCAGGAUCGAUGUCGAGGUUAACCAAGCCAAGGCCGAGAGCAUGGUCAAACAUGCAAAAUGGCAAGCUCGGAGAGAAGCUCUCGAGGAGGUCAGAGCUCAGGGCUUCGAUAUUGGGGUCGAGAUUGAAGUCGCCAGGGCGGAGGAGAACAAAGCUCGAAAGUUGGCCUUUCCUGAGGAGGACUCCGAUGACUCGGGGGAGUCUGAAGAUGAGGACGAUGCGGAGAAUACGGCCUCCAAUGAAUAUUGA